CGGUGGGGGGGGGGGAAGCGCUGAAGGGGCUUCGUUCGGAACUCCGGGCGGGGCUGGGGUGAGCGUGGCCCGGGCGGUGGGGAUGAGCGAGGGGCACCGAGCUGCUGCAGCCUCCCGGGACCCGGCGCGCCUGGCCGCGGCAUCCGAGCGCCGAGCGCUGCUGCCUCGGAGCCCCGCUCGCCCCGCGCGGCCGCCGCCCCGCCGCUCGCGGCUGCAGCUCGGAGCAGCGACGUGGCAGGAGGCGGUCGGCAAAGCCCGGCGGGUGUUCCUCCUCCGCCGCGGUGGAGGUGGCGAGGUGCGUGUCCCCCCGGUGCUGUUCGCCGCGCUCCGGCCGCCCUGCCGGCGUGGGACGGAGCCCAGCCCCGUUGGCCCUGAGGGGCUCUCCGUCCCCGCUCCUCCCUCGGCCGCUGUUGGGCCCCGGGGCCGUUAACGGAUCGGGCGAGUAACGGCGGCGCUGGAGGCGGAGGACGCGGCUCCGGUGCUCGGCUCCGGCUGCCCUGCGCCUGCCCCGCCGCUGGGAACGAGCCGGCCCCAGUUUCUGGAAGUAAUGUUUAUAGUGGAUUUUUAUCCUGCCAUCCGAAGGCACUGACAGUGAGGCAGAAGAAUGAAGUUGGAGUGCAGUAGUCGAUUUGCCUUUUGCUCCAAGACAACCAGCCAGACCCUUCUGCUUGCAGGAGUGUUCAUUACAUUGGGCUCAAGUCGAAUCCUCCUGAUGAAGUAUUCUGCCAAUGAAGAUAACAAGUAUGAUUAUCUUCCUGCAACAGUGAACAUGUGUUCUGAAGUAGUAAAACUGGUCCUAUGUGUAGUGUUGGCACUCUGGAAAAGGAAAAAAGAAAAGGGUUGUAUGGAUAAUCUCUCUGAAUGUUUUUCCUGGAAGAAUGUAUGUAAUUCCAUGAAGUGGUCAAUUCCUGCCUUUCUUUACUUUUUGGAUAACUUGAUUGUCUUCUAUGUACUGUCCUACCUCCAGCCAGCAAUGGCUGUACUCUUCUCAAAUUUUGUCAUUAUAACAACAGCUCUUCUCUUCAGGAUAGUGCUAAAGCGAAGACUCUCUUGGGUACAGUGGGCGUCUCUGGUGAUUUUAUUCCUGUCCAUCGUUGCCCUGACUCGAGGAACUGGAGGCCAUCAGCACAGCUUGACUGCACAUGGAUUUCAUCACAAUGUGUUUUUUAGGCCAUCUAACCACUGCCUUCUUGCUACUGGACCUGAGGAAACAUGCGUGGAAAAGGGCAACUGCGCAGCACCAAGUUUCCUUCGUGGCUUCCAGUGGAAUGUGACCAGUACCAUGGCAGGAGCAUUGAAGCCUCUUCGCCUCAGCCUGGGCCAUCUGCUUAUUCUAGUGCAAUGUUUUGUGUCUGCCCUGGCUAACAUCUACAACGAAAAGAUGCUGAAAGAUGUGGAUCAACUUGGGGAAAGCAUCUUCACACAGAACAGCAAACUCUAUGCCUUUGGGGUGCUGUUCAAUGGGCUCAUGCUGGCAUUGCAGGCUAAGGACCGGAGGCAGAUAGGGAACUGUGGCUUCUUUUAUGGGCACAACACCUUCUCCGUGGCUCUUAUAUUUGUCACAGCUUUCCUGGGGCUGGCUGUAGCCUUCAUCUUGAAGUUCCGAGACAACAUGUUCCAUGUAAUGACUGCUCAGAUCAACACUGUCAUCAUCACUGCUGUGUCUUUCAUCAUCUUUGACUUCAGGCCUUCUGUAGAGUUCUUUUUGGAAGCUCCUGUAGUGCUUCUCUCCAUAUUCAUUUAUAAUGCCUGUAAAGCAAGAGGUCUGGAAUAUGCCACUCUGCGGGAAAGGGGAAAACUCAUCAAAGGAGAUGCAUGGGAGAGGUCAAGUGGGGAUGGAGAAGAAUUUGAGAGGUUGAACAAACCAAGCAGUGACAUUGAUACAGAUGAAGAUUCCCUCUAGCAUGAGGCUGGCUUGGAGGAGUGCUAUUGCUCACAGUGAGAGUUAAUCCCUUGUCAACAUAGGGAAGGCUUGUUUUUCCCCACUAACAGACUAUUUGGAACUGUUUUGGGGCUGGAUGUCAAACGUGGAUGAGGACAAUAUUCAAGCUGUUUAUAUGGAGAGUUGUAUUCCUUUGUGCCUGUCUCCUAGUGUCCGGGGAAAUGGAAAUCUGGAAUGCCAUUGUAGCAGCUGGUGAAUUUUACAUGCAGCUUACGUGGCCUAACUUUGAAAGAGCUUGAAUAAAACAAAAGUUUGUUAAACAGUA